GGCACAGCUCAUUUUAUUCAAUCGACGUCGUGAAGGUGAGGUUUCUAGGAUGGAAGUUACAACAUAUCUGCAGAGAAACCAACACAAUAUGCAGGAUGAAAUUCUGGAGAGUCUUUCACCUUUUGAGAAGAAACUAUGUGAGAAUCUCACCAGAGUAGAGGUACGAGGGAAAAGAGGUCGCAAAGUACCAAUACUAUUUCAAGUAAAUGUAAAAGAAUCAGUGGACCUUCUAAUUAAAACUACAGAGGAGGCUGGGAUUUCCCCUAGGAAUCCCUACAUAUUUGCACGCCCUUAUUAUGGAUCACAAGAGAACAUGCGUGGAUGUGACAGCUUAAAGCGAUAUGCCGAAAGCUGUGGAGCGAAACAUCCAGAAAAUAUCACUUCCACUAAGUUGAGAAAACAUGUAGCCACAGUUUCUCAGCUACUCAACUUAAAAACGCAUGAACUCGACCAGCUAGCCACAUUCAUGGGACAUGACAUUGACGUCCAUAGGGAGUUUUAUAGACUCCCUGAAGAAACGUUGCAAAUUGCAAAAGUGAGCAGAAUUCUUUUUGCCUUGCAAAGUGGAAUCAGCAAAUUUCAAGGAAAAUCCCUGGAGGACAUAACACCUAACAUAAACUUUGAGGAGGACUCCAACUCAGAGGCAGAGGAUGUUAAUUUAAAAAAACAGACAAUUCAAGAAGGAAAUAGUGACACAGAGGAUGAUCUUUCUGAAAUAAGGGCUGCCAACUCAGGAAAGACUUCAGCCUUCAGCCUUGGAUACACCAGUAAAUCACUAGUGCCAUUAAAUCAGAAAGCAACACCCAGAAAGCCCUGGUCAGAAACAGAGAGGAAAGUCAUAGAACACUGUUUCAAGAACUACUUUAAGGAAAUGAAGGCUCCUGGAAAAGUGGACUGUGAAAAAUGCAUAAAUGAAAACAAGAUUUUAAAGGAUAAUGGAAGAGAUUGGAAAGCAGUUAAAUACUUUGUGCACAACAGAAUAAAUUCAAUUAAGAGAAAUUUGGGUCAACAGUAUUGAGCCCAUAAACACUGAGAGCUUGCAAUGUGGAGUAUCAAUGUUGAGUCAUAAUUGUGCCACAACAUUGAUAGUCCAUGUAAAUGGAGCAUCAGUGUGUCAUAGCAUUGAAAUGAUUGACUACAGCUGUUUUGAGUUGCUGUUUUCAGUUGCUGUUUGGGCCUCUGUUUUGGAAUGACCUGUUAUAACUUUGAUGUAAGCCACUUUAAAAUUGCACUAUUUUAAAAAUGUUUAAAAUACAGGUAUUUUAUAAUUUUCAUUUUGAUUUUUUGUUUUACUUUUCUUUAUACUAUCAAUACUAAUUUUAAUAUAAUUAUCUACAUUAUUAUUUCCUGCAAAGCAAAAUGCACCUUCUACAUAAAGUACUACAGAAUUUUUUUUAUUAUUUAAUGGUAUUGUUAUUAUUGUUGUAUAUGUAGCCACUCGUCACUGAGGGUGAAAGUCUGCACUACCGCAGGGGGGCUCUU